AUGCUUUUCCUCCUCUCCCUUCGUGAUUCAAAAACGGUGCUCAUGUCCGACUCACCAGAUUAUAAAGCCCUCUUCCUCAGGGAAAAACGCCGCAACCAGCACACCACGUUUAGUGAAUUUAUCCGCGCCUGCCACAGCCUUCUCUCGACAUCCCUGAAAGUCGAAACCCCAUCUCGGUCCACUCGAGGAACCAUACCACCGCCAACUGGAAAAUAUUGUCCCACACGGCUUCGCCUGUGGGAGGACUGUCCAGCCAGGCAACAAGCAAUCUACGACGCGGUUUGCAGUUACUUGCAGCCAUCAGAGCAAGAUGCACCCCGGCUAUUUUCGCCCUUGGCGGAGCUGGAAGGCCUUGGUCGUCGGUUUAGUCGUCGACCUCUCAGCAGUGAACAAGAUUUAGAAAGUUACGAGCGAUUUGCCGUGGAAGACCACGUGCAUGAUGUGAUUGCGGAACUCUGCAAAAUACGAGAGGCUCGGCAGCGGUUUCGAUUAGGCAACGGCAUCCGUUUCGAUAAUCAUGCGAACGCCCUAGAUGAAGCCGAAGUUGAUCCAUCGGAAGACGAACCAUCUAAUCCCCACCGAGCCCGGCCCGAUCAGUUCUGUAUUCAUCGAAUCGACGACAAUAACACUACCCUCCUCACCACAGUCGAGUAUAAGCCGCCUCAUAAGCUCUCUGUCGAAAAUUUACGAGUUGGGCUUCGGCCGAUGGAUUUCUGGGAAACUGUAGUAAAGCCAGAUACCAUCCCGGUAGACGAGACAGUGAGGUUGAGACACAAUGCAGAGCGGCUGGUGGGUGCAGCGCUGGUUCAGCAUUACCACGUGAUGAUUCAAGAAGGCCUUGAGAUCUCUUACUUAACAAACAGUUUAGCACAGGUUCUCCUCCAUGUCCCAUACGAUGAUCCGAGUACCCUUUGCUAUUAUCUCUGUGAGCCCAACAUGGAUGUGAAUGCAGAGGACGACCAGAGUUUCCAGCAACCUAACACCGCCAUUGCGAGGGUGCUGUGCCUUUGCUUAAUGAGCUCUAGUUUGCCUGUGCGGGACCAAGAAUGGCGAAAUAAUGCACGAGCAGGAUUACAUAUAUGGAAGACAAGUUUUGACCACACAAGGGCCCAGAUCCCCGAGGAAGAGCUCCAAAGAACACCUCCAAAUUCUGGAUAUACCGGCUCCCAACCUACUAGUUCCGAAUAUGCCAGUUCUGAGUAUCUACCGUCAUCACCUCUGGACUCUCAUACAGUCACGGGUCGUCGAGUCUCCACUCGGUCCCGGCCAGGUUGUUCGCCGUCGGAUACAGUGAACCGAAGCCAACGGGAGGACUCACCAGAUCCGGAUUCAAAUCAAGGAGCACCAGCACGAAAGCGAGGCAUCAGCCAGGUCGCAUCUUCUCCACCUACGCAGCGGACAACACGCCAAUCUACUAACGAUACAUGCAACAGCCAACAUCAGCACCGUAUGGUGCCGUUUUGCACACAGCGGUGUCUGCUCGGGCUUCAGCGGAAUGCUCCCUUAGACGCUAACUGCCCAAAUGUAGCACUACAUCAACGAGGCCAAAAUGGCAACCGACACCUUGUCACUGCCGGGAAUCUAGUGGAACUGCUCAAGCGUCAGCUGGAUGAAGACCUCAACCAUAAUUGCACACCGCUCGGUAACUGCGGGGCAUACGGGGCGCCAUUCAAGAUCACUUGUGCUAUAUAUGGUUAUACUAUAGUCGGAAAGGGAACCACCUCUCGCCUCUGGAAGGAAGUCUCCCGUGAGGCUGACAUUUACCACGUCCUUCGAAAAGCGCAGGGGUCUGCGGUCCCUGUUUUCCUCGGAGCUAUCGAUCUCGCAAAAAUUUAUUUUUUGCAUGGAGCUGGAGAGAUUCGUCACAUGUUAUUCAUGGCCUGGGGCGGGGAGAGCACGAGCAAGCUCAAGCGCGGACCGGCCAUGUGGCGUGAGAUUUCGAGGUCAAAGAACGAAAUUCGUGCCUUGGGGGUCGUGCAUCAAGAUCUCCGGCUGGAUAAUAUUCUCUGGAGUUCUGAACUAAAGCGAGCUCUGAUCAUUGACUUUCAUCGCUCCACUCUGGAUCGUCGACCGGGUGGAAAGCGCAUGGCUAGCGUCAAAAGAUCGCUGUGCAGUAUUGAAGCGAGGGAUUCGAAGCGAUUGCGUGUGAAAUAG